CACACCUUCAUUUGCUUGCUUGCAUUUGCCUCUCUCUCUCUCUCUCUCUCUCUCUCUCUCUCUCAUAAUAUGAUGAAUGGCUAUGGAGAUGAGAACUCACAUUGCUAUAGUCAUCCCAAAGAGGUGAUUAUAGGCAUAUGUGCCCUUUGCUUGAAAGAGAGGCUUCUUGUCUUGGCUUCAAGCCAAGGGCACCUUCCUCGAUCUAAGGACAAACACAGGCCACACAAGGUCCUACACAGAAGGCCCACCAUUAGCCUCCCUAAGGUUUUUGCAUUGGGCUCCUUCCUCCAUCGCCACGAAUCCCAACAUAGGAAAUCCGACGGCAGCGAUCAAGACAUAUUCACUAGCCAUGAAGAUUCAUUUAUAUCCAUCAAAUUCGAGGACAACGGCCGUGCAUCAUGGGACAUCACUACAAGUUCUAGGGUUUCAUCUGAGUCCUUCGAAUUACCUUAUAAUCACAAGUUAAACAAGGAGAUUAAGGGAGGAAAGAGUGUAGUGGAGCAUAUGAAGCCACGUACUACGCUGAGGUGGCGGAAGCGGAUUGGUCACUUGGUCCAGCUAGUCAGAUGGAAGAGAUCCAAUAAGGCCAAUGUGAGCCAUGUUGGCAGCAAGGUGGUGGAGGGAGCGAAGGGAAGGAAAGGUUGGAUAAGAGCACUGACAAAGAGGAAGGCCAUGGAAUAAAGGGGAAGCAAGGAAAGGGACACACACCUUACUUCUCACCUACUUGUGUUGUGUGUGAAAAUAUGUGUGUUUGAUUGUAAAGGUGGAGAUCAUCGAGAUGUGUGAGUGAAAGAAGCACUGUCUUUUUGCUUUCUUUUAUCUCCUUUUCUCUUUCUAUUCUCUUUUUCUUUUUUCUUUUUUUCACCUUAUUGGGGGGCUGGAUUGAGUUUUUGCACCCUUGAGUACUUGGAUCGUUUAACAAUGGGAUUUUUACAAAAUGGCUUACAUAAAGAGAAAUGUACAUCCAUAGGGAUUUGGACACUUUUAA